AUGACAAAAGGGGGGAGCACAAAAAGAAGAGAAUCAGAUGAUGAUCCUGAAGAAGGAGAAACUUGUUAUAAAAUGUACAAGAGAAGAAAGAGGAAGAUUGUAUAUGAUGCAGCAAACUUACAACUUGUUCAGAUUCAACCACCAGAUCCUACAAAAGAAUCCAUUUCACUUGAAACACCCCAAAUCGGUAAGAAUCUGGUCCUACAACAUUCUAUGACAGAUGAUCUUCUUGAGAUGUGGAUGCCAGACAUAGACUGGAAGGGUGAUGUGAAGUUGCAGCAUCUUCACUAUCUCAUCAACUUACUACUUCCGUUUGUAAAAGAAAUUCGUGAAGAACAAGAGGUGGAGAUAGUCGUGGAAGCGGGUGCUUGUGAAGAGAUACCAAACUCUUCAGUGGAAAUAGAGCACUACCUCGGGAGUGAAAGAGAUGGUGAAUCGUGA